AUGAAAUUCAGUUACGUGACCUUUGUGCCAAACAAACAACAACAACAACAAAAGAAGGGAAAACGACCAAAACCUCUCACCAUGGUCUCUUACUUUACAGACACUGAAAGAUUCUCCACUUCAAAUCCAUUCAAUGGUUCUUUGGAUUUGUCACUUCACUUCAAUGUUGAAACUGAGAUACAUUCUUCUCGGCGACAUGUUCCUCCUCCCGUUCAGAUUGUCAUUCCAUCUCCACCUCAACAACAACCUCCAAAACCAACUUUCAAACCAAAUAGUCCUAUAGAAUUGACACAGCCAAGUCCUGUCGAUUCACCAACACUAGAGAAGCCUCUGAUUCAGUGUAGGGAUUUGACAUCUACAACAAUUUCAUAUGGAUCUCCUCAUCGAAAACCUCGUUAUGCUCAUCCAAAGGAUGUUUGUUUUCGAGAAUCGAUGCAUAGGAGUCCACUUCCAGCUAGCAUGGACAAGCACUUGGUUUCAUCCAAAUAUACAUCAACAACCAUAACUUCAACCAUACCGUCACCUCAAAAGUAUGAUCGAGCACGAAUGAUUGCACCUGUCUCUUUAAAAGUCAAUGAAAUGCCCAAUAGCAUCAUUGGUUCACGUCCUCUCUCACUUUCUGGUAUCCACAAACCAAUGGUUGUACCAAGAAAAGUGAGGACUUCUAUUUCGUUAUUCGAGUUGUUGAAUCCUGAAGACGAUGAAUCAAUGUAA